AUGGAGUCUGUGAAUAAGAUAUUAAUAUUUACAGACAAGUAAGGCACAAUAUUUAAAGAUUUAAAAGAAUCAAUUUUUAAAUCACUUGAGACAGAAGAAUAAGGUAUAGAUAUAAUAAUCCAAGUUUAUUUAUUACGGAAUGGGUAGUUGCCUUCAUAUUAUGAUACCCAUUCACAGUUAAACGACUUCUUUAAGAUUUUUGCUUUUGUUAAGGAUUAUUAAUAAUUUAUUUCGAUAGCUGCAGCUGAAGCCAGACAUUAUCCUAUUUUUUCAUUAGCUUUUCAUCCAGAAAACGCAGCUUUUGAAUUCAAAAGUUAAUCUAAACACAAUUAUGAAUCUAUAUAAUUUGGUAGAAAUUUAAUAAAUCAAUUUACUCAAAUCGCUGGAGAGAAUAAUCACAGGUUGUAGUCAAUUGAGCAGUACUUCGUUUGUAUAAAUAUACGUCCUUAAAUUGGGAGAAUCAAUUAUGUGAUUGAAUAGGAAUUGCAAAUUUACAUCCAUUUUAAAAACUAUUACACAACAAUUAAUUUAAUGAAUCAUCAUAUUUUAAUUGAAUUUUGA